UCACAACCGAAAACAUAGCUAGCAGCUGUCAGCUGUCUCAAGCUGACAAAAGAAGCCUUAAGGCAACCUCGCACCUGCCUAAUCCUUGUAUACAAUAAUGCCAUAGGUUGAAAGAAUUUUAUCAGCGCCUUUUUUGCCACAGCAACAAGAAUACUGUAGACAGCGAAGCUCAGAACGCAGCUGCCUCGCGCUGCCGCGAGCGCUCCUCACAAUGUUGGCACAACCAUGUGAGCUACUAGUGGUGGCUUAGUUCUUUCAUAGACGGCACUGCUUGCGCCGUCGCAGCCUCGGCAGACUCCACCAGCCAUGCCCGGCGGUGCCCUCCUCGGCGCACUCCUGCUCCUUGGUGCGCUUUGCCAAGUUAGUUUAUCAGCACCACGGCGGCUGACGAUUCACAAGUCGAGCGAUUGGCCGCCGACCGAUGAGGGUGCAACAGCGCCACGGGCACCGCACCCGCCGCCUCCCCCACCACCACCUCCACCGCCGCCCCCUCCGCCACCGCCGCGUGCCGUUCCGCUACCACCGCCACUGGUGGUGCGCGCACCGGCACGGGAGGGCGACCUGCGCCUUGUAAACGGCAGCUCGCCUCUGGAAGGGCGCCUGGAGGUGUACUACAGGGGACAGUGGGGCACCAUCUGCGAUGACUUCUUCACUACCGCCAUCGCCAGCUUGGCCUGCCGGCAGCUGGGCUUUGCGCACGGCGCGCCGGUACGCUGGGCGGCGUUUGGGCAGGGCACCGGGCCCAUAUGGAUGGACAACGUGCAGUGCCUGGGCGGAGAGCAGCGCAUCUGGGACUGCGACGCCGAGCGGCCCAACCGGGAGUGCACGCACUCAGAGGAUGUGAGCAUCGUCUGUGAAGCGGCUGCGCCCCCGCCGCCCCGGCCGCCCACGUCCCCGCCUUCAGCGCCCGCGGCACCAGAUGGCACCAUCCGCCUGUUGCACGGCAACAGCAGCUCGAUAGGCCUGGUGGAGUUGUCGCUGUUCGGGCACUGGGGCACGCUGUGCUCAGCCACCUGGACGCCGCAGACGGCAGUGGUGGUGUGCCGGCAGCUGGGGCUCACAGGAGGCACGCUGCUGUUCGACGCCAAGUACGGCACCCGCACGCCGCCAACCGGCCCGGUGUGGCUGCAGGGGCUGGCCUGCGACGGCUCCGAGGCCAGCCUCAUGGCCUGCACCUAUGACGCCGUGCUGGACCCCGGCUGCAGCGACCCCUACUGGGCGGCGGCAGUCAUGUGCGGAGUCGACGACGGCGCUGUGCGGCUGGCCAACGGCACUGGCAGCGCGGGCCGGCUGGAGGUGAUGCACAACGGAGCCUGGGGCACGGUGUGUCAUGACCGCUUUGGUGAUCGGGAGGCGGGCGUCGCGUGCCGCCAGCUGGGGUUCUCCAGCGGCCGUGUGAUCCCCGGCGACCGCUAUGGCGCUGGCCGGAACGUGGUGUGGAUGGACGAGGUGGCGUGCGGCGGGGACGAGGCACGGCUCGUGGACUGCCGCUUUGACGGCUGGGGCUGGACCGACUGUUCCCAUUUCGAUGAUGUGGCAGUCAGCUGUUACAUGACGUCGCCGAGCCCCCCGCCACUGCCUCCCAGCCCCGGACCGCCGCCGCUGCCCGCGCCCGCGCCGGGGCUGUACCCGCCACUGCCGCCACCCUACGGUACAGGGGUCUACACGCCGUCACCCCCGCCGUCCCCGGCAUAUGCGCCCCCGUACUACGGCAUCCCACCGUACGGAGGGCCGGGCAACCCAGUGGGCAGCUACUCGCCGCCGCCGUACAGCAGCCCAGCUUACGGGCCGCCAGCUUACGGGCCACCCGCUUACGGGCCGCCAGCUUACGGGCCGCCCGCCGCUUACGGGCCGCCCGCCGCUUACGGGCCGCCAGCUUACGGGCCGCGCGGCUACCCGCCACCUGCGUACGCAGCAACGCCUGGCUAUGCACCGCCUAUGUACACAUCUCCGCCGGCGCACGCAUCGCCACCCACGUACGGUGCGCCCACGUAUCCGCAAGGCGGCGCGCCAGGGUACCGGUGACACGCCUCGUGGCAGGCUGGCGGGCGCUGAUGUGCGCAUGUGUGCAGGAAGCAGCAGCAGAAGUAUUGCGGUGGCUCAUGCAGCCUGCGGCUGCCUGAAAGGCUGGAGCAGGGAGGGCAACAUGACUUAGACACGCGUGGGUAAAUAGGUAUAGCAAGCGCGCACUGCAUUGGGUGUUGACCUAGCCACUGGCCUAGGCCUAUUAGUUCAUUUGUUUGGGGAAUGUCGGCACAUUACCGAAUCAUGCGUGCAGUGCCCCAGCCUGCAGUUGCAGGCUUCAGGCCUAUGGGCGCUUUUUUGGUACACGACAAUGCAAUGCGGAAGCCAUAACAUACAUUCAUUACUGAAUUAAGUGCGCCAGCCACGGCAUGCGCAAUCCUGGCCGGGCUGCGCGUCACCUCCGCAGCGGCAACCCGUCCAGACUUAUAAAGAUUGAGACGCACAGCUUUUGAUGACAUUGCUAUGUCUACCCGCGCAUGCACAACGUUGCAGGGUCUGACUUGAUGACCACGUGUGGCUAAGCCUUCGCUGACGUAUGGCAGUUGCUGCUGUUCCAGGCUGUGUCCAGGUGCAAGUGGUGCAGUCCCAGCGUGCGGCAGUGGUCGUGAAAGGGCCUCAUGAGCUGAUUCUAGGCAUAGACAUGAGAUGGUCCUAGGCGUGGGUGUGCAAUGAUGAGGUCAGCGCCAUAAAGAGGCGUAGGGUGCGGUGAGCAGUGGUGAGCGUACUGGGGGUCCCCGACUGGCGCGUGUCUGAGCGCACACGCUUCGCUGGCUCCCGACCGCACCGCACCUGACCUCUUCCUCGACCCAGUUACCCUGCCCUAACUUUGCGUGCGCAUCCCAUACCGAAUGUCACAUUACCACCUGUGAAGUAAUCAGCGGCACAUCACUUCGCAUUCUACCAAGGUGGGCGCCAAGAUCUUAUUUCCACGCCGCCCCCAAGUUCCCAAUGCCCAUUGCUGAAAUCGCGUCAUCUCCAAGCGUGGAUACGUGUCCAUAUGCAUGGUUUGGAUGGUUCGCUCGAAUU